AUGGUCGCGACAAAGAUUUUGGACGAAGCUUUGCGUGGCGGCGAGCUAGCCCGUCAACUAGAAGAGCGAUGUACGGCUCGAUUGAAAGCCGCGGAGGCAACGGCAACCAAGGCCAUUUCGACCGCACCAGAUUUUCUCAACAGUACCCGCGAAAGACACAAACUUCUGAUGACCAACGCCGAAUCGCUCAACACAGAGUUGGAAAUGCUCGGUGAGUCGCUCGACGAUAUAACAGAGAGUUCGCGACAGCUUGCGCGGCGUGCAAAGCUUGAUGCUUCCAAGAAGGAGGCUUUAAAAGAGCUUUCGAUCUUGAUUCUUCCUUAUGUUGAGGUGGCGAAAGCAAUUGAAGCAUCCGAUGAUAUUGCGACGCGCGGUUUUGAGCAGCUCCAUGAGACUCAUUCCGCUAUCGAAGCAGCAAUCGCUACUGCGGCAGAAUCCGGCCUUCAUCAACUCGUUCGAACUAUACACGAUUUGGAAGAACGAGCGGACGAUGUUACUGCCGUCAUGAAGUCUCGUUUUAUGGAUACAUUUGAGAUCCGAUCUCAAACCAUCAUCGCCACAGGCAAGUCGAUAAUGGCCGGUACAUCUCAUCGUAAUCAAGUUGGGCGAGCAUCAGCGUCAUUGGCAAAAUGUGGCCUAAUACAGGACGCUAUCAAGGCAAUUGUAUCAGAGUUGAUGCGCAACCAUGUGGCAAAUCGAAUAGCGACGGCCACUGUAUUCUUCCAAAUCGAGACAGACUCGGGUUGUACGCUGGAAUGGACAGAUGGGCAUGAUACUUCUGCAGAAUUGCUGGAGUUUGACCUCGAUGACAUUGAACCCAUUCCGGAUUCAGAAAUCGAUGCGAUGAGCGAACACCUCGAUAUUUCCAAUUCUGUUGCUCGCGCUUUGAAAAUAUAUGACGUUCUGACAGAUCACGUUGUCGGAGUUGAUUACUCGAGGGACCUCGCCAACGCGAUGCGCACAUGGUUUGCUGAGCAUGUACUUCCACCAUCAGUGGUCUUGACGAGUAAGCGUGAACAGCACGGAACCGCGGAUGCUUCCCGCUCUGCUCUUCGUUCUCGCGUUAUCGCGGUCAGCGCCUCCGCAAAGACUCUGCAAAUGGCCCUCCGUGCCCGGGGUGCAUCUUCAUUUACGUUCGGCGUGGAACUGGAUGAAUUGGAAUCAACAGUUGGAGCAGAAUGCCGUGCCCAAGCUGUACUUGCUGCUCGACGAGCAAUUGCACUCUUUUCAAACGCAAGGCAUAAUGAUAACAAUAUGGUAGAAUGCCCUAUUGCUGCGGACAAGUAUAUACCUCGAACAAAUCGUCCACCGGAGUACUUUGCCCCUUGCUUGGUGACACGCACGGCAAUUCAUGUGCAUGAUAUUUUCCUUUCAACAAGGAAGGACGCCACAAGCGCCUUGCAAAGUGGUUCCACUGGCAUUGGAAAUGCCAUGAAUGCUGCUGCCGUGGAGUGCUUCAGGUCAUACAGGGAGGACGUUCCCGUGCAGCAUGCAGACGAUCUUCGCGCGAGUUUGAGAUUGAAGGCGUUGUACUAUAACGAUUGCAUGAUGUUUGCCCAUUCAGCCCGCAUAUCUGGCCACCAUCUAGGAUUGACGACCGAUCUGCAGGUAGAGAUUGCGUGUCUUGAAGAGGCAGCUUUGAAGGCCAUGACAAUAGUCCGACGAACCGCAGAACAGCGACUGAUGGAAAACCUCCGAGCUGCUUGUCGAAAUUCUGCGUUGGGAGCUUACGGGACUCUAACUCAAAUUCAGCGUAGUUCGGCCCUUUCUGCAGCAUUCAACGCUAUGCGUGAAGUUGUGUCUGUGUUUUCCGAUAUCGUACCAACAGAGAUUGCUGAAGUAGCGGCAGGCAGACUACUACAGAAGUAUUUGAUCUCCCUAUGCAGCGAAGUAGUGGCGUUGCCGGAGAUUAGUGCUGACGGAUGCGAUCAAAUCGUGAGUAUUUUAUGCGAUGCAGACGCCAACGUGGAAAGCCUGAUGGACCUUGUCAAAGGCAUGAAUGUCGUUAGAGCUGGAGCCCCGCCACCAGACGUUAUCAUUCAGAUGAGAAGGGCGCAGAAGCGGCUACAGCUUAUAAGAGAAAUUCUUAAUGCUCGAAUGGAAGAUAUCACAACUGCGUUUCGCGUUGGCAAGUACGAAGGUCUUAUCACCAGGGACGAAGUUGAACAUUUCAUUCGCUCCAUCUUUGAAGAUACGCCCCUUAGAGCAAGCUUCAUUCAAGAUUUAGAUGUAAGUGUAGAGCAGGAAGCCGGCGAAUGGGAAAAUGUAAAUUGGUAACUCGAAGAUAACUUCUGAUAAUCAAAUGAAGAGGCGGUUGUGCCAUACUAAAACGUACAUGCAGUUGUGGUUAUUGCAGUAUUACCGUUUGUGCGGUUCUGUGCUGAUCGCUACUACAGUAGUAUGCUUGUAAGUGA